AUGUCGCAAAAAAAUGGUGCUAUCGUAGGAGCCAUCAUUGAGCGCAAACCAACGGCUCACUCUCCCUGGCAUGCGACAAGUCCUGGAAAAACUGGCUUUCCGUCUGUCCAGCACCGAUCUAAAAGUGCUUUUGCUCGUAACCGGGAAGGUGCGCGUAGAGCUGAGAAAUCGAAAACGCAAGAUGCUCCACCACUGGUGGCAAGCGCCUCGCAACCGCCGCCAUCUACAAACAUUCUUUCAGGACCAUCAAGCUCGCAGGUUGCGGCCGACGACUGGCGGGAUCAAAUAAGUCACGAGAACGAACAACGUGUUUCGGAGAUGUCUGAGGAGGAUAGAGAGGAGGAGAGGCGCCAAAUUAUAGAGAGAUUCGGAGCGGGCAUCAGCAGUGUGUUGGAACGAGCACGACAGACGAGAGAGAAACAAGCUGAGAGGGCGAAGGUACCACCCCUUCCCCAAUUCGCUCAACCAACGCCGAUUCAGUCUGAAACUGCGAUAGAGAGUCUACAGGAAGGUCAAAUCUACUCUUGCGCAAAAUUUCUUCAACUUUGGCUUACCCGCUCUUAUUUAGUCCCUAUCACACCAGAAGAACCGAAGCGGUUUGACUACGGGAGAGCAAGGUCGCCUCCCCCGGCGUUGUCAACCUCGAGCACUCGCCCUUCAAGUCGUGCAGAUCGCAAAAUCAGAUUUGCCGAACUUGGUCCUGAAGACGUUCACGUUUACGAAUCUGCACCGCCAUCUCCACGACGGAAAGCUCUAGCACUCCCUUCACCAUCAGCUGACAAUUAUGCUGUAUCCCUUGGAAAAUGGAAAGGAAAAAUGUCGUCCCAGCCGUCAGUACCUUACCCUAGCGACAUUGGAAACGAGCCAGAGGAGGGCAGUGCCGAAUACAUUCGCCGUCGAUUUUUCCCCGAAGCGCCCGCGAAUGAUCCCAAUAUGGCUUGGAUGGCGUCUUCUUCGUCAUCCCCCGAUCCAACGUCCCUUUCACCGCGAUUUGACCUACACGGAAAUGUCAUCCCUCCGUCUUUGUCUUCAACGUUACCUACGCAUCUAGGACUUCAUCAUCACGCAGAGGGCGCGCACGCAGGGUACACCCUUGACGACAUAUUCUUGCUAUCAAGGUCUACGGUUCCCGCACAAAGAACAACCAUGCUGAGCGUACUCGCUCGAAUUGCCAAUAGGCUUGCAAGGGUUAAAUCUGGUGAUGUGGAAGCAUUGCCUCAGUUUGAAGGUAAAGAAGAGGAUCUCAGAAAACGCAUUGCAAGUGCUGGUGUGGAAGCAAUGACUGAGAGAGGGGGCGUUGGCGCGCAUGCUAUUGAGGUUAUCUGGGAGUCCAUUGUUGGAUGGGACCAGCAACUGAUGGAAGUAGAGGGUGUUGAACUUCAAACGUCCGGAGAUAAGACCUUCGACUCGUUGCCAAUGGAAUACUUAUUAUCACAGAUAUCAAACAUCGUAUGCCAAGGGGAUGCUCCAACAGAGUCACUUUCUCAGCUACUAUCCAUCUUGCAUCGUCUCGCUCUCGAAAGCAAUUCCCUCGCAACGCAAAUUGUCACCACUCCAAAACUUUUAACGAAUAUCGUGCAGACAUUCCUCCUCACAUCUAUCCCACCGAUUGACUCCUCUCCUCUCCCUGAUCCAGCCGCGUUGCAGCACCUUGCAACUCUCGCCCUUUCAUCGCGGUCAAACGCGUUAGCAAUUUUGGAAUAUGCUGAUGCGUUGCUACGAUUUAUUACCCAACUCCCACCGGUAUCUCCUUACCCCCUUCCACUUGCGACAAGCCUUUUGGUCAACACGCUUCGUGUUUACACCGUUCUUGCUUCCUACGGCCUAUAUUCUCACAUCUCCAGCACAGCUAUAACACAAUUUACUCAAGUGGGGCAAUACAUCGUCUCAGACCCUUGCACCUCUACGGAACUGAUGGCUGCGUGGGGAGGCCUGCUUGAAGCUUGGAUUGUAUGUGCAGUUGAUCCACACCAAACAACACCGACACACGAUAUUUUGUGGAGCCAGGUCGUUAGCUGGGGUUGGAGUUCUGACAUACUGGAAGUGGAGAACAGGCUCGGGAGUGAUGAAAAGGAUUGGACUGUCUGGGUUGCUACUCUGAACGCUCAGGCAGCGUGGCUUGAAGGAAGUAAGAUUAACGGGAUCAGGGGUGGAGAGGAAGAAAGGUCCCACUUUGUCAAUGCGGUUAAGGGGAAUUUCGAGGAUGGGAAACGGGGAGACGUUGUCGAGGGUGUCUUGGAUGCUCUCCAAGCGGACUUGUCUCAAGCAGGAUCAAAGACUCGAGAGACUUUGCGGGACACUGCUAACCAUGCAACCCUCCUAACGGCUGUCAUUCGCUUGUGGCUAGCAUGUUUGCCUCCUCAUACCACUGGCCCACCGUCGUCUCCGCCUUUCACUCUCCCCUUUCCUCGUAUAUCGGAAGUUUGCGCAAAGUUGGUGACACACCCCAUCUGGUCGCUCAUUUCCAGUUCAGAAAAAUCUUCACAUCAGUAUGUCUUCUGCCGACAGUUAUCGAAUUUGUUGGGAUAUUACCUUCGCCUGUCCCGACGACUGCCAGAAAUUUCUCAAGACCUCUGGAUGGCACAGGCGCUUUCCAUUCUCCCCAGGCUAAUUCCUGGCGACGAGGAAUUUGCACUGCAAACCAUGGAGGAUGUCAUGAGUCUGAUGACGUCGGAAUGGACCACAGCACGAGCGGUGCAAUAUCCUUCUGUCAUCUGUGAUCGAGGGGGACUGUCGAUCCUCCGGCCGUUCUUUACGUAUGCUGUCCGGCCACAGGAGGAUAAUUACAUUGGUCCCUUGGACAUCACUACUAGGUCGAUCAAGUUGGCAACGACUCAGAGACUUCUGUCUCCAGCUUCCCUCCAUAACUAUGGGCUUCCAGUAAGAAGUGACUGGACACUUACUGCACUUGAUCAUCUCCUCCGAUCCGGCGAUUCAGCUGUGUUUAAAGCCUUACCGACUUCUUGGGAUUCUUCCGAAAUGGAGGUCACUCGGGCAUCAUUACUCUUGACCCAUAUAUCGCAAGUCAUUCUCCGGCACUUCUCUUUGAUGGACUUUGUUCUCAAUCGGGAAGAAGCAGAAUUUGGAUGUAUGAAGGUCUUCAUGCUGGAACAUGGGCAACCACAGAACGAUUCUGCGGAGGAAGUUUUCCGCGAUGAAGUUGUCGGGAAACUAGUGGGGGAUAUCUUGCUUCCAUAUACAUUCGGCGCUACGGAGACGUCGUCUUCGUCUGCGCCGGUUGUUCCUUCAACCAAGAAGGGUGACUUGGAAGAUGUUUCGACCCGAUUCCUCGGCUCUUCUGUCCCAUUCUUCCAGUACUAUACUGACUUCGUUGCACUGUACGACGCGAUCUCUUUCUCCCACCCCGACUUUGCUCGCCUGCUCUUACCCCCAACCUCAAUGCGGUAUCCGCCAGAUUAUCGAAAGCACCUCUGGUCUGAUUUCAGCCAAGUUCUUCGGACCAUUCGUACCCCUCCGAGCCAGGUGCUAUCGGGUGACCUCAAGGAAUAUCUAUAUCCCAUAGAGACCAAUCCAGAGCUCAUUGGUGCCUACCUUCGUUCACUCUUGAAAGGAUCCUUGCAAGAGUUUGUUCGGUUGGUAGCUUUGCAUCACCUUGCUUCAAACAUCUGGCCAGACCUCCGAGAAGACGACAAAAACAACGAGGAGCGUGCUGAAAGGCUGUUGAAGGCGAUUGUCGAUCAAGGGGAUCAUACCCUGAUUCGGGAGGUCGUAUCUUACCACCAGGUGAAGUCGGGCAGAGUGCUGCUGCCACCAGCUUGUUUCGCUACUGGUCAUGAUGGGGGUUCAAGGGUAGAAUGCAUUAGACGAUGGGGGCUUGCAGAACGAUUAGAGGCUUUGGUUUUGAGUACAUUUAAUUUAGUUAGUAAAUGA